AUGCUGCCGUACCUCUUCCCUGACCUCGCCGCUUUUCCCACUGUCGCUGACCUCAUUACGCACCUUCGCACUAGUGACAUUCGCUACCGCGCUGCGCUUCCUGCUGAGUUCUGCGCCAAGAACCCCCCCCCCAUGUACAUCACCCUCUACUACAUAGUCACCCGGCUCCCUGACACCCUUCGCUCGGUCAGGGACCACUUUCUCUCUGUUUGCCCCACCACUCUCACCGUUGACCUCCUCGAGGAGCGUCUCCUAGCAGCAGAGCAGAGCAUAGUUACUCUAGGAGCCUCUCGUGGUGACCCUCGUACCCCUGUCUUUGAGGGGUGCUCCCCCUCCCCCCUCUUGCCCUCUGUUGCCUCUGCUGCUGCGGCCGACCUCGUUGUUCCUGAGUCGGUCGGUGCGGCGUCUGCCUCUAGCGGGAGACGCCGCUCGGGCAAGGGCAAGGGGGGCAAGGGCUUUGGGGGAGCUGGCGGAGGUGGUGGCGGCGGCAGUGGAGGCGGCGGAGGGAGUGGCGGUGGUGGUGGGAGUGGUGUUGGUAGUGGGGUCACUAGUGGGGGCAGUGGCGGCGGAGGAGGAGGCGGUGGUGGAGGUAGCGGCGGCGGAGGUGGCGCGGCUCGGAGCGACGCUACGCAGAGGGUCGGCUCCGGUGGUGGUCCGCGCCAGCAGCAGCAGCAGCAGCGUCCUCGUGAGACCCCUUCCCCCCAGCAGCUUCGUGAGUGGUACACUGCUCGUCAGCGGGGCGGGGGUGCUGGCCCCUGUACCUACCGCUGUUUCGGCCGUCUGACGGACGCUUGGCGUCACCAGUUCCCCGACGCCACUGAGAUCCCUCGCUGGGGCGAGCUGUCUAGGGCGGGUGUUGCGAUCUUUGAUCUUGAUUAUGAUGCUAUUCUUGCUGCCAUGUAUGCUGUGACUAUUAGUGAUGAGGGUGCCUGUUACCGGUGUUUUCCGCCUGACCCAGGCAUUGCGGCUGCUGCUCUAGGUGCUGGUGAGGCUGCUGCUCUAGGUGCCAGUGCGUCUGCCGCCCCAGGUGCCGGUGAGUCUGCGCUCUCAGGUACUGCGUCGUCUCCGGACACCCACACCUUCACCCUUGACUCGGGUGCUUCCCGCUCCUUCUUCCGAGACUGCACCACGCUCACGCCGCUUAGUCGGCCAGUGGCGGUCUCCCUGGCAGACCCCUCUGGGGGCCCUGUCCUUGCCCGCUUCUCCACUGUCCUACCGUGUCCGGCGGCCCCUUCUGGCACCCUGUCAGGUCUUUACCUCCCCUCGUUCUCUACGAACUUGGUGAGUGGUGCUGACCUCCAGGAUGCAGGGGUUCACCAGUUCACUCCUGCGAGUCAGCGAGUGACCCACUGUACCUGUGCUCGGUCGGGCCGUCACUUGGCCACGUUUACCCGUCAGCCGGGGUCGAGCCUGUACACACUGACUACUGAGUCUCCUCCAGUCGCUGAGUCUGCUCAGGUAGCAGCGUCGGGUCAGGUGUUUGCUGCGGCGUCCAGGUCUGGCCCUGAGUCUGCCCCCUGCUCGUGUCGUUCCCUGUCCCACCGGACUCUCCUCUGGCACCACCGUCUUGGUCACCCCUCCCUGCCUCGUCUUCGAGGCAUGGCUUCCCGUCUUCUUGUCUCUGGCCUCCCCCGGUCCCUCCCUCCCCUUCCUCCGGGGCCUGCCCCCACCUGCGUUCCCUGCGUCGAGGGGCGGCAGCGCGCUGCUCCUCACUCCUCCGAGUUUCCUCCGACAGAGGCUCCGCUGCAGACGCUUCACCUGGACGUGUGGGGCCCAGCCCGCGUCCGUGGGCAGGGUCACGAGCGUUACUUCCUGUUGGUGGUUGACGACUACUCGCGUUACACCACAGUCUUCCCCUUGCGCAGCAAGGGUGACGUCACUGAGGUGUUGAUCGCCUGGAUCCGCACAGCUCGUCUCCAGCUCCGGGAGAGUUUCGGCUCGGACUUUCCUGUUCUGCGUCUGCACUCCGACAGAGGCGGAGAGUUCUCCUCUGACCUUCUGCAGACCUUCUGUCGCGCACGAGGCAUCCGCCAGACCUUCACGCUUCCGGCCUCUCCACAGCAAAAUGGGAUUGCUGAGCGCCGCAUUGGCAUGAUCAUGGACGUCGCUCGUACGUCCAUGAUCCAUGCGGCUGCUCCCCAUUUUCUGUGGCCGUUUGCGGCUGGCGAUGCGUCUGCGUUCCGUGUCUGGGGAUCUCGGGCGUUUGUCCGCGACUUGUCUGCGGACAAGCUGUCCCACCGUGCUGUUCCCUGCGUCUUCCUUGGCUUCCCUCCUGACGCGCCAGGCUGGCAGUUCUACCACCCCACCUCGCGCCGUGUUCUGUCCUCCCAGGACGUCACCUUUGACGAGUCGGUUCCCUACUACCGUCUCUUCCCCUACCGCACUGCGUCCCUCCCUCCCCCGCCGCUCUUCCUUACGCCAGGUCCCCCUCCGGUAGACCCCCUCCCCCCUCAGGGUCCUGCCCCCUCAGGUGUGUCCCAGGUAGAUGCGGUCGAGCCUGUCGAGGUAGCUGUUGACUCUGGUGCUGCUAGGGGUGCUGCGUCUGGGGGUGCUGGGUCUGGGGGUGCUGCGACUGGGGGUGCUGAGCUUGGGGGUGCUGAGCCUGGGGGUGCUGAGCCUGGAGGUGCUGCGCCUGGGGGUGCUGAGCCUGGGGGUGCUGCGCCUGAGGGUACUGAGCCUGGGGGUGCUGAGCCUGAGGGCGCUGUGUCUCGGAGUCCGGAGCCUGAGGGUGCUGGGCCUGGAGGUUCUUCGGGUGCUUCGGCGCGGCGUGAGCUACUCUCUCUACAGGAGCUGCGUGAGUGGUUUGCCCGGCGCUGGAGGCGUGCUGCUGGAGCUGGCGCUGCUGCGGACGCUGGAGGUUCUGCUGCUGCUGAGGGUGCUGGUGCAGCGGGUCCCGGAGGUGCUCGUACAGGGUGUACUGGAGCUGCUGGGCCUACUGGUGCUACUGACGCUGGUGCUCCUGGAGCUGGAGCUGCUGCGUCUUCUGGUGGUCUGACUGGAGCUGGAGCUACUGGGGGUGCUGGCACUAGAGGUGCUGCUGGCACUGGUGCUUCUGGGGGUGCUGGAGUUGGCGCUGCUGGAGCUGGGGGUACUCCUGGUGCUGGUGCUGCCGUUGGUGGUGCUGGUGCUGUUCCUGUUGGGUACUCGCGCAAUGUGCGCUUCGGCACAACGUUGUACGCGCUAUGA